AUGGGCUAUUUGAUUCAAAGGUUGCGCAUCUGGUUGAUGAGUCAGAUGUUAAAAAUGUUCCUGAAGAUCAUUAUGUAAAAAUAAUUGAUGAUGUUAACGAUCCUCAACUUCAGUCUAAAGAUUUUUCUGUUCGUGACAUUCCUGCCUCUUCAAGUGUUGUAUCUAAUGUUGAAAAGAUGCACAAUCUUCAUGGCAAGACAAUUGUAGAGGAUAACCAAGCUGUUGAUAGACCGUGUAAAGUUCAAAAGGUUCAUUUAGUAUCAUCCACUUCAGAAUCAGUCUUACACUUCACCACACAUGCUGAAGACAAGCUUCAUCUGCCAUCAGAUGUAUCUUCUGCGUUGGAUCUGCAUACUGAUAAUCCUAAGCCUGUCAAGAUCCAGAAUCUUAAAUGUGAAGUCCAGGAACUGUUUACAACAUCUCAAAAAACCAAUACUGGAUUCAACUACGCUACUGUUAGAUGGUCUUCUUAUCUGAGAUCUUGCAAUAUUGCUUUUGGUGAUGAACUUUCGUUAGAAUUUCAUAAGUCUACUCAAUUGCUGAAGUUAACAAAAGUUGUGCAUUUCGUGACAAAGAUAAAGUCCUCUUAGUUUGUCUUGCGUUGAUUGAAGAUUUAUAGACAACGUUUCAUGUCAUGAUUGUUUGUCGUUGUACAUUUGGUUCGUCGGUGGUACUAAUUUUGCUUCUUAGACAUGUUCUAUAUGUAGUUAUGUCUAUAAACAGGUUUCAUUGUCAAUGGGUAGGUACACCUUUUUUUUUAAUAGGACAAUGGAAAUACUCAUAUGUAUCU